GAUGGCGGCGAUUUCAGUGUCCGGUGUUACCCGCAGGCGCUUCACGUGGGUACUCGCCGGGGUCCCACGUCGAGAAUUUUGGUCUCGAUUCAGAGAAGAGAAAAAGCCGGCGGUGGCCGAGACCGUAGAGGAGGCGAAGAAGGAACCCGUCCUGGUGUGUCCCCCGUUACGAAGCCGAACGUACACGCCGCCUGAGGACCUCCAGGGCCGUGUGGAGGCUCGUAUCAGAGAAAUACUUGGUUCGUCCGCCCCUAGCAGCUGGCAGGACAUCUCCCUGGAAGACGGGCGCCUGAAGUUCAGCUUCUUGGCUCGUUUAGCCGACGACUUGGGCCACGCGGUGCCCAACUCCAGGCUUCACGAGAUGUGCAGGGUCAGAGAUGUUCUUGAUUUCUAUAACGUGCCUGUGCAAGAUAGGUCUAAAUUUGAUGAACUUGUUGCCAGUAAUCUGCCUCCCAAUAUAAAAAUCACCUGGGGUUACUGAGCAGGCCAGAAGAGGAACACACUGCAGCCCCUUCCACCUGGCCAGGAGGCUGCCCGGCAGACCUGAGGCUUUGAAGGUACUGCCAGAACUGCUCUCUAAAACCACUUUUUCUGUGGAAGAAUGCUUUUUUUUUUUUUUUCCCUCGUAGCAUCAUGAAUGAACAAAUAACAGGAUUUUCUUUUUCACAUCUGCUGAAACUUUUUUUUAAUGGAAUCAGGUCAUUAAUAAUUUAUGAAAAUUUUCUUCUCCCGACACUGUAAUUAACGUGGGUUUAAGAUAUAAGGCUAUUGCGUGUUCAGAAGUGGCCUUUAUUCUUCAUAGGCAAGAAAAUGUAUUAAUCCUGUUCGUAGUCUUAAAUCUAAGGUAGGAUUAUAGGUAGUAUAUAUACAAAUAAGGAAACUAGAUAUUUAUAAAAGAAACAAAAGUCUGUGUUGCGUGUUAUAGAAAGAUGCUUCCCUGUUUGCUUUACUGUGCAAGUAGAAAUAGUAGAAAAUGAUUCUGUUCAUUCUGGAAUAAUCUCUUUUAGAAUUAAAGUAGAUUUCUUAAAGUG